UUUCUUUCUUUCUUUUCUCUUCCUUUCUCCCCUGCCCUUUCUUUCUUCUUUCUGGUUCUUCUUUUCUUAUGUUCUUCGUCUCAACCGAGAGAGAGAUUAGAGAGAGACCGAGAGAGAAAUAAAGAGAGACCGAGAGAGAUGGAGAGAAUCGGAUAGAACUUGAGGGAGGCGUGCGGUGGGCUAGCCACCGUUUGGGGUGGACGACGGUGCCGGGGCCGGUGGGUCACGGCCCAACGCCGGUGAGGCCAAAAAGCUUGGAGUUCCGGCAUUUUCUCGGUAUCCAAACAGUAAAAAAUCCAUUUUUUAUGGGAUGCCUCAGGAGCUCAUGUUGGAGAGAAGCAGGGUCAGUCCAAUGAAUGUAAUGUGCCGGUUGUGCUUUUUUGCUGAAAACGAAGGCAGUGAGAAAGCAAGAAGGAUGCUUCCAUGCAAGAAGUGUGGCAAGAAGUACCACAGGAGCUGGUUGAAAUCUUGGGCUCAACAUAGAGAUUUAUUCCACUGGAGUUCAUGGGUCUGCCCAUCUUGUCGGAUUUGUGAGGUUUGCCUAAAAACUGGAGACCCGAAUAAAUUUAUGUUCUGUAAAAGAUGCGAUGGUGCUCACCAUUGUUACUGCCAGCAGCCUUCUCACAAGAAUGUCAGUUCUGGACCUUAUUUGUGCCCAAAACAUACAAGGUGUCACAGCUGUGCCUCCACUGUCCCUGGAAAUGGCUCAAGUGUGAGGUGGUUUCUGGGUUACACUUGCUGUGAUGCAUGUGGAAGAUUGUUUGUAAAGGGGAAUUAUUGCCCUGUUUGUUUGAAGGUAUAAUAUUGUAUGGUCUUUAUGAAGUUCUUCUAGUUUAUUUGUUUGCACAUUACUGUUUUGGUUGUGUACUGCAUAAUGUUUUCAGUUAGAUGCUUUCUAAUGAGGGGUAAAAGUUAAU